UCUGGUCAUAGCUUCUACUAAGAAUAUGUGUGAGUCAUACUUCUCUGAAGUACAAAGAUUGUAAACAUAUACACUUCUUAGUUUCUUGUUCUUCACUUCCUGAGGAGAUAUUGAUUAGAAAUAGAUAGAUAUAGAAUCAUUCUUUUUACCCCAAAACAGUUCAAUUUUGACCUGUUACAUUAUCAUCACAUAUUUCACUUCUUUGCGUGGCUCCACGGGUGCAUCGAUUGAUUGGUUUCUCCUUGUUCUUGCCUGUACAGUUGGAGGAGUUUGGUAUUGGAGACACAGUACAACUGAUAGAUGAUGAGGAGAAGAUAAAGAAGAUUCAGCCUGGGCAUGGAGACUGGAAAGAAGAGAUGUCUCAGGAUCUUGGACAAGAAGGAACGGUCUUGAUAGUCCAGAGGACAGGGGAUAUCAAGGUUUUGGUCAACGGUCAUAUCUUGACAUUACAUCCAGCCUGUGUGACACUGGUCAGGACUGAAGAAGGGAGGAGUCCUACUGAAUGGGAGGAAGCCCAGGAAGAGAUAAUGCUGUUAGCUAUAAAGGAUAACCCGAUCUUAGGUCCCAUGGGUGCUGAUUUGUCGUCUAUCAAUUCUAUGAACAAAGAGAUUCUCAAGUUUGUACAGAACGCUCAAGACGGUAACCUGACAGGAGUCAAGGAAGCACUGGAGAAAAAUCCAAGCUGGGUGAACAAAGAGGUGGGACACAAGACUGCGAUUCAUCUUGCCUGCAGUUCUGGUCAGCUCGAGGUCAUCAAGUAUCUCAUCAGCAAGAAUGCUUUGAUAGAGGCCAAAGAUGAGACGGGAUUCCGUCCGCUCCACUGCGCUGUAAUAUCGGAGAAGCUGAAGGUGGUGGAGUAUCUAUUGAACCAAGGAGCCUACCCUAGUUCAGUGAGUGAAGAAAGGAUGAGUCCUCUACAUCUGGCUGCUACCAAGGGUUUCACAGAUUGUGUUGCAAUCCUCCUCAAACAUGGAUGCAAUGUCAACAUUCAGAAUGUGAGUGGCAAUGUGGCUCUUCAUUUUGCCAUUGUAGGAGAAAGCCAGGAAUGCCAGAAGCUUCUCAUCCAAUCCCCAAUGAUUGAUCUGGCGCUGAGGAACUUAGAUGGAUACAAUGCUCUUCACUUUGCUGCUCUCAGGAACUCAGAGUUCGCUGUGAAUAUGAUCUUGGAUAAGAUGCCUGUCCUUGCCUUAAACAGACAAAAAGAUGGCAUCACAUGUCUUCAUAUUGCAGCAUUUGUCAAUAAUCCUACCAUUGCAAGGAUUCUUAUUGAAAAGGGAAGAUGCACAAUUGAUUCUAACACAAACAGUGAUACAACCCCUCUGUAUCUGGCUGUGCAAUGGGGUGCCACUGAGACAGUCGAGGUGUUGGUAACACACGGUGCAAACAUCAACCAAAAAAAAACAUCAGGCUGGACAUGUAUGCAUGCCAUUCUUCAGCAGCUGACGGACCCAGAGCAUGAGGUGGAGGAUUCUCUCACUCUGAGAAAGAUUCGUGCUUCCAUGAGGGAGAUAGGAGUGCUGUCACCUGGGGGCGCCCUUGCCUGUUAUCUUGUCAGAAACGGAGGGAAACUGGACAUCCUUGACAGGGAUGGAAAAAAACCAAUAGAUUAUGUUGUGGAUCCCAAACUCAAAGAAUGUCUGCAGAAAUGUCUAGAAAUCUAUAGCCCUCAUAGUUCUCCAGCACCUGCCGCCAAGAAAGAAAGAAAUCCUCUUCUGUCGAUGAUCCUUCCCUUCUUGAACAAGCGCAGAGAGGCACGUAAGAGGCCUGCACCAAACCUUGAAGGGCUGAUUGAAGUCGAGUACUUCAGAAUGGACGGAGAGGUGGAGCUCUCUAUCAAUCCUUUCAAGAUAAGUGAUGAGCUACCAAAGUCUCCCUUGGAUGACCUGGAUGCCAUCUCAUCAGAUCAGAUGGUGACAGAUGAAGAUCUCAAGGCAAAUGUAGAGAAGGCAGCUGAGCAUGCUUGCAGUGUUUGUGAAGAGCAGAUGACUCAACUGAUUGGGAUCCCAUGCCAACAUGUACAGACUUGGCCAGGUGAAGAGGCGAGUGCCUUACCCACUGCCACCACUCAGAGAAAGGAACCAACCAAACGAGUCGUCUCUGUCCUCCGGCGUCAGAACAGCGAGUUUCGCAUGGCUCUGGCUUGCACGGUGUGUUUCCAGCGCAAGAAGGGCGUGGUGUUUGAAUGCGGUCAUAGUACCUGUAAGGAGUGUGCAGAGUUACUGCCCGAGUGCCCCGUCUGCCGUCAACCUGCCUCCAAAGUCAUCCCUCUUUACCUCUAAAGAUGGAUGCAUUCUUUUGGGUAAAGUAGUGUAUGUUAUUGACUGGUUAAUUUAGAACAUAACAUUGGUCAUAAUUUGCUGCAUGAAAUCAUCAAAAAAGAAUCAAAAGCUUUUGCAUCCUCUGCCAAAGCAUUAUCGGGUCAUUUUUAGAGGUUUUCACAAGGACUUUUUCAUUGUAAUAAUUUUUUUUUUACUAAUGACGCGGUUAGUCAAGCUAUUGGUCAUAAUUUGAUGCAUGCAUUGAUGAGAAAGAAUCAAAGAUUAUUCGACCUUAACAAACAAAACUUUAAAAAAAAAAAAAGAGC